CGGUUCUGUGGCCGAUGACGUAACUUGGAGCCGCAGGGGGCCCAACCACCCCGUUGCUGCCGCUGGGGAAGCUGCUGGUUGCAGAGAGGUUGGUAGCUGCAGUCAUUGUGUGACCGCUCAAACGGCAAGAAUCAGAAGGCCACAGCCCCACUCGGACUCAGCUCGCGCCCAAGAUACCCACGAAGAUUUUCGGGAGCCGCGCGGGGCUCCCUCUGCCUGGAGGCUGCGUGCCUUGCUGAGCCUGCAGCCUUGUAUCCGGACCACCGAAGGCAGAUGUGCAGUCAAGGUCUGGAGCUCCUGGCAGACAUGGUCUAUCGCGUUCACUCAGUUGUCGUCUUGGUCCUCCGCCCACCUGCAAACCCGUGAGCCUGCAGCAGUUGAACCAACCUUGCCCUCCCUGCACCAGUGCUGGACACCACGUAACCUGUGAACUGGCAUCAGUGCAAACCAGCGUGUCCACCUUCAGUCGGCACUUCCAUGGGACCGGGCGACCUUGCUAAGUCUGAAACAGUCUUUUCCAAAUUGCUACUCAGAUAUUCUGCUAUUCCCAGUCCCCUGCUAUUCCCAACCCUCACUCUCCUAACUUGUUACUGAAUUCUACCCACCCCAUCCCUUUGGUAAGAAUGAAAAACUUUGCUUCCUACAUUUCUGAAGAAAAUGAGACCGCUGGGAAGGAAUUUCCUUAACGCCCACCAGCCACUAUGACAGAACCUACCUGCAGCCCUUCCUUUCCUUCUCAGAGGAGGUGUUCUGUCCUCUCAAGGUUAAUCCGGCCGCUUGAACCCCGAAUCCCUUCCAAUCCCUUCAGAGACUUUUCUCUUUUGUGUAUUUUCGAUCUCCGCCUCUCUCUUACUCGUAUUCUUCAGUAUAUGAGCCUGUUCCUGCCUAUCCCGUCUUUUAAUUUCUUUUUCCUCUGUCCUCAUUUCUUUAGCAACCUCCUUUUCUUUCCCACUCUUUCCUAUCCCUUUCUAUAGUCUCUACUCUUUCAGGUCUUCCGACACCAGUAGUCACCUCUUACUUUUGGAAUCUAAUGAUUCAAUUUAAGAAUGAAAACAUUUUAUGCAGCCAUUUAAGUGAAAGAACGAAUCUAUCUGUAUUGAUAUGGAAUGAUCUGGAAGUUAGAUUAAGAGAAAAAAAUACUAGGAGAGAGAGAGAGAGAGGUGUCCUCUGAAAGGACACAUUAAAAUGUGACUAGCCCUGGCUGGGCAGCUCAAUUGGUUAGAGGGUGGUCUUGAGACACCAAGGUUGUAGGUUUGAUGCCUGGUCAGGGCACAUAUAAGAGGCAACCAAUGAAUGCGUAAAUAAAUAUAUAGAAUAACAAAUUGAUGUUUCUGCCCUAGCCAGUUUGGUUCAGUGGAUAAAGCAUUGGCCUGCAGACUGAAGGGUCCCAGGUUCGAUUGUGGUCAAGGGCACAUACCCAGGUUGCGGGCUCGAUCCCCAGUAGGGGACAUGCAGGAGGAAGCUGAUCAAUGAUUAUCUCUCAUUAUUGAUGUUUCUAUCUCUUUCUCCCUCCUUCUUCCUCUCUGAAGUCAAUGAAAAAUAUAUUUUAAAGCUCCAGUCCAGCCCUCCCAAGAUGCUGCGCGCCGGCGGGAGGUUUGGAGCCUCCGGAACUGUGUGCGCGGGUGGAACUUCAGGAACCUGGGGGCUGUAGGAUGCAGGGUCCCGGGAGCUGAGGCCUUUAAGAAGAUCCUGAAACUUCCCGCCUCAGUUUCCCCAUCUGUAGAAUGAAAUAAUAGUGCCUGUGGCAUAAAGAUGUUGUGAGGAAUAAAUGAUUGACUCCAAAGUCCAGCAGUACCUGGUACAGAAAAAGCAUUCAGAAUAUAGCCAUUGUAAGGUUUAAAAGCAUUGAAUCAAUUUGUAUUCCAAAAUUGGACCAACACAAAGACUUGAUGUUGUGGAAUUGGGAUCAAACCAGCAAUGUCAUCUAAUGAACAAGAAAGAGUCUUGUGUUAUAAUGGAGAAGUCCUUGUUUUUCAAUUGUCUAAAGGAAAUUUUGCAGAUAAAGGGCCUGCAGAAAUACCCAUUUUACAUGUCAGAAGAAUGGUAUUUGACAGAGAAACAAGUGCAUUUGUUCAGAAGUCCACUGGAUCCUUUAGCAUAAAAGAAGAAAACUCUGAUUUAAAAAUCUUGUGUUGCAACUGUAUAUCAGAUUUCAGAACUGGAAUGAACCUCCCUUAUAUUAUGAUACAAUGCAAUGAAAAGAAUAAUGUUUUCAAAUAUUUUCUACUGUUUCUUCACAGUACCAAUAAAUUUGAAAAACGUUUGAAUUUUAGACUAGCCCAUGAGUUGAAGGAUGGCCUAGGGGUCUUUAACGGGCCUUUAAUUAUAUGGAAACAUGUUAAAACAUUCUUCUAUCUCUCUCCCCAGACUAGCGAAGUUACUACUGUGUCCAUUAACUUUUCCUCUAUUGAGUGGGCAGGAGAGAUUGAAAAUCUAGGUAUGGUUUUAUUAGGACAAAAGAAAUGUUAUUUAUCUGAGGAGGAAAGCACCUCAGAGCCUUCAAAAUCAGAUUAUGCAACUUGGAACACCAGAUUUUGUGUAUGCUUGCUUGAAAGUGAAGAAGUAAUAAGUGAUACAUAUAUUAUCCCUCCUGCUUAUAGCAGUGUGAUAACUUGUGUGCAUGUCUGUGCAACUGAGUUUGUCAACAACAAGCUAAGAAUGUCUUUGAUUGCCCUUACUCGGAGGAAUCAGCUGAUUUCAUUCCAGAAUGGGACUCCUAAACGUGUGUGCCAGCUGCCAUUUGAAGAUCCUUGUGCAGUACAACUUAUGGAUUCAGGCGAAGACCGCCUUCUCGUUGUGUCCUUCAGGUCCAGUGCUUGUGGUGUUUGGGAAAAGAACUUUCAGGUUGCUGCUGAGUGGGAGCAAAUUAGCUCAGUACUCAUAGAUGACUUUAUUGGAACGGGGACAGAACAAGUACUGCUACUUUUAAAGGACUCCUUAAAUUCAGAUUGCCUGAGUUCAUUUAAAAUAACAGAUCUUGACAACAUAAACUAUUCAAGUCAAACAUUGGAUUGCAAUAAAGAUGACGUAUUUGAAGGCAAAGAAGAUAAUCGUUAUUUGGUGAUUCCAGCUCUGGAAAGAAGAGUGAAAGUUGGCUUGGCUUCUAUUCAGGAAGUUCAGCAGCAUCUUUUGCUUAAGGAAAAGGUUAUCUUAAAAACUUACAAAGCUUUAAUGAACUUGCUUCAAGGAAAAGAAUGUAGCACAUCAAUUGCAGAGGAGGAAUGUCUUGUAACUCUUUGUGGUGAAGAAGAAAAUCCUGUUCAUACUUGUGAUACGAACUUAUCAGGCAAUUCCCAAGUUUCGAAACAGCUAGUAGAGAAGACGUGGUAUCGUGUAAUAGAUGAUAGUUUGGUUGUUGGAGUGAAAACCACGUCCUCUUUGAAGCUGCCUCUGAACCAGGUGACGUUAUCGUUGGUAAUGGAUGAACCCCAUAGCUCCAGCUUUCGGCUUAUUAAGUGUCAAAACAGGGUGAUCAAGUUGAGUAGGGACUCUUUUUCAGCACCCUGCUCAGUGCCAUAUGAAAAAGGACCAGAGGCAAAAAGAAUCAAACUGACUGUUGAUAGUGAGGAAGAGGAAGAAGAGAGCUUUGUUGGUGGACAAUAUUCUGAGAAAGAGUGUGUUCAGAUAGUCACUGCCGUAACAUCUCUUUCGCCACUUUUAGCAUCCAGUCAGGUAUGUUGCAUUGUGCUGCUGCAAAUUAGGGAGAAAGAAAAAGGUAACUCUUCUGAACAUCGUUUUUUUCCAUGUGGCAGACUUUUUCUAAGUCUAGAAGAUUUUUCAAGUGGGAAAUACCUAGUGACCUUUCCACAGAAACCUAUAGAACAAAUGGAAGAUCUCUUUGCACUUCUUGCAACAUUGCAAAAAACUUGCUUCCAAAUUACAUCAGCCAGAUAUGCCCUGACUUCAAUGAGGACAUGGCUCUUGGAACACAUGAAAUGUGAAGUAAUCAAAAAAUUUCCAGAAAUUUGCUUUUGCAAAGGGUCAGAAAAUUUGUAUGGGACACUCUUCCACUGGCAACAAAGGACACCAUUUGAAGGGAUUUUAAUAAUCUAUGCCAGGAAUCAAUCAAUUUUGUUUCAGUGCCUUCAUAAUCUCACCAGAGUUCUCCCUAUAAACUGUUUCUUGAAAAAUGUAAAAUCAGGAAGUGAGGAUUUCCUAUGUGAUCAUUUGGCAUUAACUUUGGAGAAGGAAUUGGUUAUCCUUGGUUCUCUUUCUUCUACCUUAGUUAAGGUUGAAAACAACUUGGUGCAGAGCUAUGAAGCAAGCAAAGAAAAUAGUAGUGGUGUUCUGACUGUUUUAUCAGACAGCAAAGAAAACAUCCAACCCUACAGAGAAGAACUUCAGAGAGAAAAGCAAACGUUGGAGAUGGACCUAAAAGUGAGUGGUGCCCUUUAUAGAGAACUGACUUUGCAAUUAGCUGAGGUUCAGCUGAAAUCAGACCUUACUGCACAGAAAUUGAGUGGUCGGUAAUUAUAAUCUCAAUUUGGUUAUAUUUUAAAAUAUUUUCCCUGCCAGAAUAGUUUGGUUUCAGUUUGUUUUAUUUCACAUUAUAUGCCUCCUUUGUAAAAAUUAAAAGUGAGGCUUUUUGUAGAAUCAGGUUUUGAUGAUGCACAAAAUAUCAAGCCUUAGAGCAGCAUUCUUGAACUGGGGCCAUUUUGCCUCCCUCCAACCUUCUCCCCCCUUUCCUCACCUUCCCUGCCCAGGAGCAUUUAGCUUGUUUGGAGACUACUUUUUUUUAAUUGUCAAAAGGAGGCACAGUGGGGAGGCUGACGCAGGGGUGCUAUUCACAUCUGGUAGGUAGGAUCCAGGGAUGCUGCUAAAUAUCCCAGUGUGCACAGAUGAACCCCCCUAGAAAGAAUGAUUCUUGCCCGGCUGGUGUGGCUCAGUGGUUGAGCGUCGACCUAUGAACCAGGAGGUCGGGGUUCAAUUCCCGAUCAGGCACAUGCCCAGGUUGUGGGCUCGAUCCCCAGUGUGGGGCGUGCAGAAGGCAGCCAAUCCAUGAUUCAUCUGAUGUUUCUAUCUCUCGCUCCCUCUUCCUUCCUCUCUGAAAUCAGUAAAAAUAUAUUAAAAGAA